AUGGUGGAACCGUCGCGUUGGCAGGAUCGCUGUGAGGAGGUGCUCCAAGAAGUCUUGACCAUCACACGACAUGGCAUUGCAGAGGAAGAGUUGGCCUUGGCCAAGCGUAUGUGCUUGGACCGUGUGGCUGAGGCUGCUGCGUCGCAACCCUGGUCCUUCAUGGGCACCUUGUACGGCUAUGAUGCCGCCGGCACCUCUCGGGAGAUCGUGGAGGCGUUGAUUGCAUCCACUCCCACGGGACAUUUGCUGACCAGCGCCACACGCUUCCACGAAGCACUUCGGCAGGAUGCACGGUUUGAUACCCGCCGAAUUCGUCAAGUUCGGUGGCGCUUGGGCAACUUGGCCCACGAGUGCCCCUGCGAUCAGUUGCAUUUGGUUGUCUGUGCUCGGUUUCUUGGGGCCAGCGGAGAAUGUGCCCGGCGUCCUCAGUCCGAGCGGCGCCUUUCGCCCGGCCUGGGCAGGUAG